GCUCCACUCUGCCUCCGGCUCUGCGCUCACCUACUGUCCAAGCCUCCCGCUCCUGCCCCAGGAACCCCAGGUGGGCCCUAGACCGCGGCGGUCCCCAGGCUCUUAGCCCAAGCGCUGACUCUCCAGCCCCCAGCCCCCGGCAGCGCACUACGCCGCCAGGGGGCGCCGUGUGAGUUCUCUAUCCCAGCCACCCGGCGCCCCCUCCCACGGCCCACGUUGGGACGGGAGGGGGGCGCCGGGGGCCAUGCGGGGCCAGGGCCGUAAGGAGAGUUUGUCCGAUUCCCGAGACCUGGACGGAUCCUAUGACCAGCUCACGGGCCACCCUCCAGGGCCCACUAAAAAAGCGCUGAAGCAGCGGUUCCUCAAGCUGCUGCCUUGCUGCGGGCCCCAAGCCCUGCCCUCAGUCAGUGAAAACAGCGUGGAGGAUGAGUUUGAACUGUCCACCGUGUGUCACCGGCCCGAGGGUCUGGAGCAGCUGCAGGAGCAAACCAAGUUCACGCGCAAAGAGCUGCAGGUCCUGUACCGGGGUUUCAAAAACGAAUGUCCCAGCGGAAUUGUCAAUGAGGAGAACUUCAAGCAGAUUUAUUCCCAGUUCUUUCCUCAAGGAGACUCCAGCACAUAUGCCACUUUUCUCUUCAAUGCCUUUGACACCAACCAUGAUGGCUCAGUCAGUUUUGAGGACUUUGUGGCUGGUUUGUCAGUGAUUCUUCGGGGAACCACAGAUGACAGGCUGAACUGGGCUUUCAACCUGUAUGACCUCAACAAGGAUGGCUGCAUCACCAAGGAGGAAAUGCUUGAUAUCAUGAAGUCCAUCUAUGACAUGAUGGGCAAGUAUACAUAUCCUGCACUCCGGGAGGAGGCCCCAAGGGAACACGUGGAGAGCUUCUUCCAGAAGAUGGACAGGAACAAAGAUGGCGUGGUGACUAUUGAGGAAUUCAUUGAAUCUUGUCAAAAGGACGAGAACAUCAUGAGAUCCAUGCAGCUCUUUGACAAUGUCAUCUAG